CAACUCGAUUCGUCACUGUUUCUGCUCAAAUCUAUAAGAAUCCCCAAUCGUCUCUUCAUUUUCUCUCUGACUUAGCUACACUGCUUCAUUUUCUUCUUGUGAAACAGAACGCAGAGAUCACUCCUUGGUGGAUCGGUCAUGGUGAGAGGGAAGGUGCAGUUACAACGAAUCGAAGACAAAAGCAGCCGACAAGUGUGUUUCUCAAAGAGAAAGAGAGGUUUAUUAAAGAAAGCUAAAGAACUAUCGGUUCUGUGUGAUGUUGAGAUGGCGGUCAUCAUCUUCUCCUCCACUGGCAAGCUCUUCGAGUUUUGCAGUGGCAACAGUUUGAGAAAUAUCCUUGAGCGCUAUGACACACAUAAAACUAAAAGUCAAGAAAUAGCAAUCUGCAAGAACGUUGAUAAAACCAAGCAGAAUCAUCACGCGGAAUACAUGGGUCCCAGCUAUAUGGAUGCUAACCCACUCCAAAUGGUCCAAAGGUACUUUGAAGGGAAGAACAUAGAACAGCUAAAUAUAACUCAACUCAUUCAGCUAGAAAGAGAACUGGACUCCACACUAGUUUACACCAGAGGAAGAAAGACAGAAGCAAUGAUGAAGUCCGUAACAGCCCUCCAUCAGAAGGAACAAGAUCUGACAGAUGAAAAUAAUCUCAUAGAAAGAGAGAUAUCUGCAAUCAUCAACAAUGGCAACCUCGCCAGCCAGCAUGGCCGUGUUGUUGAAGAUCCGGAUUGUGUUCAUCCUUCUCCGCUGGACUUGUUUCACUUUUAGCAAGAUCUCAAAAGGACAGAUGGCGUAUCCCGGAUGCUUACGUGUGGGGAAUAAUAUAUAGGCAUUCAGUAUACCCACCUGGUGCCAGGUGGUGGU